AGUUACAUUCCUCGACCAUUUAGAUUAUUAAAAAUAAGUUACAGAAUAAAUAAAAAAUAUAAAAAAAUGGCUGCAUCAACUUCUAUAGGUUUGUUUCUCUUUGUAGGAUUUCUAGUCGCAAGAACCAAAGCAGGGCCAAUCGAUAUCAAAACUAAAGGUGCCAAGGGCGAUGGCGUCGCCAAUGAUGGAGAAGCGAUCAUGACUGCAUGGAAAGAGGCUUGUGAUUCCCCAAACCCAAGUCAGGUGGUGAUCCCACCGGGAAAAUAUAUGGUGUCUUCUCCACUUACUUUAUCAGGUCCAUGCAAGAACCCUAUUGAGAUAAAUGCAAAUGGAGCCACCCUCAAAGCCCCAUCGGAUCCUACCGGCAUAAAAGGACCAGGUUGGAUCAUGUUUAAAAAUGUCGAUAAGAUGACUUUAUCUGGAGGUAUCUUCGAUGGACAAGGCCAGGAGGCUUGGAAGACAAACAAUGCUGCCAAAACCGGAAAAUGCGACUUACCAUAUAACUUCAGAUUCGAUAUGGUGAAGGCUUCGUUCAUUAGAGGUAUAACAUCAAUGAACAGCAAACACUUUCACAUGAAUUUUCUUGGGUGCGACGGAACAACCGUUGAGAAAGUGACGAUUGAAGCACCGGCGGAGAGUCUGAACACAGACGGGAUGCAUAUCGGGAGAACAAAUGGUCUCAACAUUACCGAUUGCACUAUAAAAACAGGCGAUGAUUGUGUCUCCAUUGGUGAUGGAAGCUCGAAUAUCCAUAUCGAGAAAAUAAAAUGUGGACCUGGACAUGGCAUCAGUAUCGGAAGCCUGGGUAAGUACCCGGAUGAAGCACCGGUUGAAGGAAUCUUUAUCAAGGGUUGCACGAUGACCGGCACCGAUAAUGGUCUCCGGAUCAAGACGUGGCCUGGUUCACCACCUGGAAAAGCAGUCAACAUGCAUUUCGAUGAUGUUCAAAUGGAAAAUGUCGGAAACCCUAUAUUAAUCGAUCAAGAAUACUGCCCUUAUGUCGGUUGUAAACCUGAGACCAACUCCUCAAAGGUGAAAAUUGCAGACGUUUCGUUUAAAGGAAUCAGGGGUACGUCUUCCACAAAAGCAGCGAUUAGGCUACUGUGCAGCAAAGACAUACCAUGCGAGAAGGUGGAGUUGGCUGAUAUCGACUUGAAAUACGAGGGAAAAGAAGGAGCAGGUGCCAUCUCGGAGUGUAAAAACGUGAAACCAAUAACCACCGGAAAAAUCAUCCCCGAGGCAUGUGCAGCACCAGUAGAACCCUUUAAAGAAAAAGGUGGCGAAGCCGAUAGCAGCAGUUAGCCGUUGAUGAUCGCUGCUCUGUUUCAUCGUGUAAGUAGUGGCGGUAUGAUUGUAAUCGAUUAAUUACUAGAUGACCAAAUGCAGUUUGUGCGUGAAUAUUCGUGCAUCGGUUAUGUCAUUGUUGUUUUAUAUUAUUUCUGGUCAAUGUAUGUAUACCGU